UGAACAUACCGUUCAUUAACUCGCACAUAUUUUCCAUUCAUGUUAAAGACCACAAUGAAACACAAUACUUCUAGAUCAAUACUCAAAUCCAAUCUAAGAAUAUAAACAUAUGAAGUUCGUCAUUCGAAUCGAUUCAAGUGAAUAUUAUAUGCAGUAGAAACUGUUUAAAUGAAGUUUACGACGUACACGUCACAAAAGAGCUUAGUACGCGUGACAUAGACAUUUGACAUACAAAAACCUCGUCGAAAACAUAUGAGCUGUGCACACCAUACUUUUUUGUGUACAGUGGCCAAUGGCAAAAGACAAUUUUCAAAAAUUAUGUCAGAUAUAUACGACACCGACGAAAAUAAUAUGAAAUUCAAAACAGAGUUACGCCUAGACAGUGAUAUCGAUUCGGAUUUUUGGGUCUUUGGAUAUGGUAGUUUAGUCUGGAAAGUGGAUUUUCCUUUUGAAACCAAACGGGCUGGCUAUAUAAAAGGUUUUCAACGGCGCUUCUAUCAAAAUAGCAUCGAUCACCGCGGCACUGUAGAAAAUCCUGGUCGUGUCGUUACUCUAGUGCCCACAACAGAUGAUGAAAAUAGUGUUGUUUAUGGAAUGGCUUAUAAAAUACCGAAAGAAAAAUGCAAAGAAGUCAUUGAGCACUUGGAUUAUCGAGAAAAGAACGGGUACGAACGAAAAGUGGUGGCCUUUUAUCCAUUGGAAUCAGUGAAAGUUGAUGAAAGUGUACAGUCUAUUGUGAUUUAUGUUGCAACCAAGGACAAUAAUUCCUAUGCUGGACACAGAAAUGAUUUAAAUGACAUUGCAAAUCAGAUUUUUGAAGCGCAUGGACCAAGCGGUUCGAAUCGUGAAUAUUUGUUUCGUUUGGCAGAUUCAAUGCGACAAUUAUUUCCACACCAUUACGAUGACCAUCUAUUCACACUUGAAAGAAUUCUUAAAGAACGCGAACGAAAGUCAUUCAAUGGCUAAUGUACAAACGUAUAUAAAUCAACUAUUUUUAAUGAACCAGUUGAAAAAAAAAGUACAAUAAACGUGCUUUUGUAAAAAUCACUUA